AAUCAGGAGACCAGCUUGGAGUGUGGGUUCUUGUAGCUGUGUGAUCAGGGCAGCUCAUUAAUCCCUUUGAGCCUCUAGUCUCAUCUGUAAAACAGUGAUAACAGGAAUGCGUCCUGCCUUCCUCCCUAGCGUAUAGAAUUGUUGUAAGGAUUAGGUGUGAAAAUGAAUGUGAGAGCUUCUGUAAGUUUUAAAACCUGUACAAGUAUUAUUUGUUAUAAUAAUCUCAGGUUUUCAACCAGAGUUCAACUCUCAUGGAGCUUGAUAGUAAUAUUAAGUGUUGGUGGUCAUCUGUAUACCUUUACUUACUUAUUAUGUAGUAAAUUGAAAUCAUUUGAUUUUGAAAUGCUUUAGAUGGUAUAUUUUCUCACAGGACUUUAGUUUUUGUGAUGUUUUUCUUCGGCCUAACAAAGGAAGGCAUUGUUUUAAUCUGGAGUUGUCUCUUUAAGGUGGCAGUCUGAGGAAAUGAUUUCCAAACUUCACUGAAAUUGCCUAUAUAGAGAACACAAAAGUGUGUCCCUAUAAUUUAGGAAGUUGUCUCCUCCAGAUAGACCUUCUUGUCCUGAUGUGGAGCUGACCAGUAGAGGGUGCACGAGCUUUCCCAGAGGCUAGGCUGGGCAGACCUGACUGAAGCCAUCUGUGUGAUGAUUAACAAGUACUAUAAAUGAAAAGGUUCUAGCACAUCAGAAACACAGUUACCAAAUGGAAAGAGACAGCAGCCAUAAUGUCACACAGCAAUGUGGGAAGUACCUGCCCUAGUUGGUGAAUAGGAAGUUUCUGGAUAAUUGGAAUUUGACAUUCUAAGGUACUGAUUAGGAUGAAUGUGAUUUGGAGAAAUUAUAUUUCCUGUCCAAGGAUAAGAAAAGUACCUCACAGAUACCAAAGUGGUUGUCACCCAGUGGCCCCUCUGGGAUCAAGGAUUUUAACUGAUCCAACAAAAGUUUUUGAACAUAACAUGUGGGAUCACAUGCAGUGGUCAAAAGAAGAAGAAGAAGCGGCCAGAAAAACAGUGGAGGAGAACUCAGCGGUGCGAGUCCUUUCCGAAGAGCAAGUUAAGUAUGAGAGUGAAGCCAGUAAAUAUUGGGACACAUUUUAUAAGAUUCACAAGAAUAAGUUUUUCAAAGAUCGUAAUUGGCUAUUGAGGGAAUUCCCUGAAAUUCUUCCGGUUGGUCAGAAAACUGAAGAGAAGGUGAAAGAAUUAUCAUGGAAUCAUGUGAAAAUUAAUACUGAAAGUUUUUUCUCAAAAAUGCACUGCCCUACUAUGCCUGAAGAAAAAAUUCAUUAUAAAGAAAGUUCUGGCUCAUCAGAUGGUCAAAGCAAAGCAGGAUCUGACUUUUCUAAACUGGACUCUGAAGAAUACAGAGAAAGACCUCUGAAGACUGAAUUGUUUCCUGGUAGCAAUGCUGCUUUCAGAAUCCUCGAGGUUGGCUGUGGUGCUGGAAAUAGUGUUUUUCCAAUUCUGAACACUUUGCAGAAUGUGCCAGAGUUCUUUCUUUAUUGUUGUGAUUUUGCUUCUGGAGCUGUGGAGCUAGUAAAGUCUCAUGCAUCGUACAGAGCAUCCCAGUGCUGUGCCUUUGUUCAUGACGUUUGUGACCAUGGCUUACCCUACCCUUUUCCAGAUGGGACCCUGGAUGUCAUUCUCCUCGUCUUUGUGCUGUCUUCUAUUCAUCCUGACAGGAUGCAAGGUGUUAUAAAUCGACUGUCCGAGUUACUGAAACCUGGGGGAAUGCUGUUAUUUCGGGACUAUGGAAGAUAUGAUAAGACUCAGCUUCGUUUUAAAAGGGGACAUUGUUUAUCUGAAAAUUUUUAUGUUCGAGGAGAUGGCACCAGAGCAUAUUUCUUUACAAAAGGGGAAGUCCACAAUAUGUUCUGCAAGGCUGGGUUAGAUGAGAAGCAGAAUCUGGUUGAUCGUCGCUUACAAGUUAAUAGGAAAAAAAAAGUGAAAAUGCACCGAGUGUGGGUUCAAGGCAAAUUCCAGAAGCCAUUACACUUGAUUCAAAAAAGCUCCAACUUGGUAUUUUCAGCCCUUUCUCAUGGCUGAACUAUGUAUCAUGUUAAGGUACAAAUCAGAGGAUUACACUAUUCAAAGUCUUCGGUAAAUCUUUCAUUUUUGAAAAGACAGUCAGAAGAAGAGAAUUUAUGUAUCCUACUGUUUAUCGUGGAUGAACUGUUUUGUGCAUUUUAAGCACACAGAAGUGACUUGGAAGAGAGCACAACAUUCUGUGUUUUCAAAAGUUAAUAUGCCCAAGCUUGUUUGGAUUUAUUAUGUCUUAACCAUUUUGUUUGUUCUCUGAGUUUUAAAAGCAUUUAGGUAAAUUAUUGAUAUAAGUCAAAUGAUUCUGAGAAACCAAAGCCUGCCAUUUUUUCAGAAGUGAAAAAAACCAUCUCCUUUAUUUAUACAUUAGCUGAACACAGUUGAACUCUCCUCCAUUGUUAACUGAUAGCAGAGUCAGCGCGCCUUGUUUCCAAGGAAAGUCACAAGACCAAGGCAAAGGCCUAUUUGUUUUGUUUUGUUAUUGUCUGUUGUCCAUCCCCAAACCUUUUUUUUUUUAAUUUAGAGACUAAUGUCUGAAACAGAAUUUUAAUUUCUCUUUCCUUUCCUAGAAUUGGGGAAGUAUGACUAAUGCUAACAUUAUUUUCAGGCUAUUCUUUGGUGUGCAAGUUGGAAGCCUUCUUUAAGAAGACUAUUUACCCAGGAAAAUUAUUACAUUGUAGCAAUUAAAAAUGUUUUACUAUUUUCUGGUGGUCCAGUAGUUAAGAAUCUGCCUACCAAUGCAGGGGACAUGAGUUCAAUCCCUGAUCCAGGAACUAAGGUCCAUAUGACAUGGGGCAACUAGACCUGCACACCCUAGUGCUCCACAGGAAGAAGAAGCCACUGCAGUGAGAAGCCCACACACCACAACUAGAGAGCAGCCCCAGCUCAGUGCAACUAGAGAAAGCCUUCACACAACAAUGAAGUGCCCAUGAGCUGCAUCAAAGACAUGCGUCCAAAAAAAUAAAAAUGUGUUUACCACUUUGCCUCAAAAAAGAUAUAAAUUGGCUUGCAAAUUGCAUUUGGUAAAAAUGGAGUUUCUAAGACUGGGCUUUCAUUUGUUACACAAUAUAUACUGAGUACUUACUUUGUGCUGAAUUAUAUGGAAUAAUACAGUAAAUAAAUAAAGUCUCAGCCCUGUCUUUUGAGAGCAUAAGUAGGCUCUAGCUGGCAAAGCAAAAUGUGUGCAUCCCAAGCCUCUAAAUCAUGACCAAGAUAAUAUAUGAGCAAGUACUCAAAUAGGGAGCUUUUCAGCUAACAGACUUUGAUUAUGAGCCACAGAAAUCUGAAAGACAUGGACAGUCUCUUGAAAGGACCUAGAAUGAUCAUUCCAACAAUUUUUCCUUUUUGAACUCACUUAAAAUUCAACUUCCUGGCAGGAGGUGAUUAAUCCAAGCUGGGUCAUGGAUUCUUCUCUUGACAGACUGAGUCAGGGCAGGUUAUUUGAUGGUUCCACCAGACCAUAGUGAAUAGAGGAAAGUUCCUCGAAGGAAAAUGAGGACACUGUGAUCAAAAAAAGAGGGGAGGGAUGCUGCCCAGUCAGACAUUGCGUGGUGGUAGCAGUAGUAAUAAUGUUCUGAAGAGAGAGAAAGAUCAGCUGUGGGUUGGAAGGAAAGAAUUAGGGCUGUGGGAGGAGGUAGGUCUCAGACUAGUCCUGGAACGUAUGCUCUCAGAAGAUGGUGAGAAGACAAGUAUGUUUGAUAGGGCUGUUCAUGGUUCAGAAUGGUGGAGAAAAGAUGGGGAGGGCACCAGCUUGUAGACAGCCUUAAAUAAGAGGGUGCGUUGGGUUCUCACCUCUGGACUGGAGCCAUUCAAGUUUGGUUUGUUUCUGUUUUAUCCUAGCCACAGCAUGCUUUAAAUAUAUUUAGAGAGAUUGAUCGAGGAGUCGUCGUCAAUAGAAUGGAAUGCAGUGAGGUCAGAGAUGGGGGCAAGGAAAAUCCUGAAAGGUAUCUGCAUACAUUUGCCUUGGUAGCAAAUCCUCAGAAGUACAAUAUCAAGGUUUCUGUUUAAACAUGCAGUAAAUAUAAAAGUCAAAAUUUGCCUGAGAUUCUUAACUCAGUUGUUUUUCCUAAUUAAAGUGUGUAUGUUAAA